AUGGAUUUCGUCAACAAGAUGACCGGUGGCGGCAGCAAGGAGGGCGGCAGCAGCCAGAACGAUAUGCUCAACAAGGGUAUCGAUGCUGGUCAGAAGCAGUUCCUCAAGGCUGGCGAGGGCGCCAACGACAACAUCAACAAGGGCAUCGAUACUGCCCAGACUGCUUUCUUGGGCGCCACCAAGUCUGAGCAGAAGGGCGAGGAGAAGCCAACCGAGGAGAAGAAGUAG